CUGAAGAGCAAGAAGCACAUCAGACUCUCCACGCGCUCCUGCACCAGCCGGGCAAUCUGAAGAUGAGCACAGCACAAAUAAUGACCUUCUCCGCUCUUCUCAUGCUGCUCUACUUUCCCAGCUCAGAUCCUGUUACUGUGACGACAAGCAAAGCUAAAGUGGAGGUACAUGAAAACACAAACGCUGUCCUCUCCUGUGAGUUCAGGACAGAGAAAGACACAAACCCACGUGUUGAAUGGAAGAAGAGAGGCAAAGAUGUUUCGUAUGUUUAUUUUGAUGGGGAUUUUACAGGUUCCUAUAAGGGUCGUGCGUCCAUCAAUGGGGCAACAAUGACCCUUCGUGGUGUUACACAGAAAGACUCAGGAGUGUAUCAUUGUGAAGUCACAGCCCGUCAGGACAAGAUCAAGCUGGGGGAAGUCACUGUCACCCUCAAUGUGCUUGUGCCGCCACAUGCACCAUCAUGUGAGGUUCCAGAAACAGUCAUGACAGGAUUUUCCGCGGAGCUCCGCUGUAAAGACAAACUGAGUGUUCCUGCUGCCACCUACAGCUGGUACAAAGACAACAAACCACUUCACACCGCCAGUCUCCCUGAAAUCAAGUACACCCUGGACCCCAAAACAGGGACUCUGAAGUUCAAGGCGGUGUCAAAAUCGGAUGAGGGUCAGUAUCGAUGUGAGGCUUCCAAUGGGGUGGGGGCACCCAAAAGUUGUGCAGGACGGCAAAUGAAGAUAACUGAAUUUGAGCUGAACAUGACAAUAGUUAUAGCCAUAGAAGUGGGAGCGUUCCUGGUCCUCCUCUCAUGCUGUGUUGCCAUCUGGCUGUGCUGCAGAAGAGGGUGCUGUCGUUGCUGCCGCAAGAAUAAAAGAGAGACUAAACAAAGCAGGACAAAGACCAGCUAUAACCCUCCAGAUCCGAGACACUACAAACAUACACAGUCCUUUGUACUAUGAAGAACGUGCACAUA